CUUCAGAACGCAAGGAGCCCGCAAGUGGAUGGCUAGCUAUGCAGAUUGUGAGAUGCAGCUGGGAGCUGAUGACGGACGUGCACACGUUUGGCUUCCGACGUUUCUUGUUGGUGUUGGUGCCCGACCAAAAACUGCAGCUGGACGAGCAAAGGAGCCGGUCACUAGUAGUCUUCGUUGUAGUGAAGCUUUUGACUCCGCCGAUCUCGUCACCAAACAUCUGCAGGAGCUGCUGCGCAAGAAGUGGAAGAAGCCCGUCAUCUGCCUCUACCCUACUGACAGCGGCGGCAGUACUCAAAACCAACAAGUCCACAUGUUACAACUAGCAGACGCGGAAGACGGCAACGUCAUAAUGUGGCCCGACUUUUGCCACGUGCACAUGCUUGCGAUCAGCAACAAGCAGGGACUCGAGAAGUUUUGCCGGGUGAUCGGCCGUGACCCGAGGGUCGUGGAGAAGCAUACUUACCUGGUGGUAUUUUGUUAGUUUUGAAAUAAAUGACCGUGGUCAUUUUUUAACUUUCUAGUGUUAACUGGUCGAGCGUUUUCUUCGGGUCUCUCUUGUAUUGCAUUCCUUCACCCAUCUGCUUACCAAUCUCCUUUGAUUAGCACAUGACUCAAAUUUAGCGCGUGUGCAACUCCUUCCUCAUCCAUCCCUGAAACACGUCCAACCAAACCCAUAGUCUCACUGUCGAAGGCGACCUCUCGUCUUCAUGUCUCUAAACACAGGCGUGGGGUGCAAACGAGAAGUCGAUUGGGCAGCACGCGACGAUCGACAAACGUUUCAGCG